CAGGCAGUCUGUCCGUGUCAUCAUAUCUCGGUCGACCGGACAGCGUGGCGAGCGACAUGUCCGACACCUCGGCUUCGUCAUCUUACAACGUUGCACCUGUGAUCAACAAAGCCGGCAGUGUAAUGCCCAGCUUCCGCACCCUCAAUACCGCGUCCUCGACGCAGCCUCAAGGGCACCCCCCUCCACCACCCCCUUCGGCUUUCUCGUUCAGUCACACCCGCAUCGCGUCGCAGCCCCCCAUCUUGGACCUCGACUUCGGCAGCCGCCCCAGCUCCAUGUUCACCGACAUGCUCGGGCAGUUCAACUCGUCAAAGUCGAGCAGGGCUAGCGAUCGGUCUUUCAACCAGUCUCUCAACCAGAGCACACGCAGCUCCAACCGCACUACAUUUGACUUUGCUGCCGAGCUUGCGGCCCUCACGGCCUCGGCGGGUGACUUCUCUGGCGAUACUCUGCACAUCGCCCGGUCCAUCGAGUUCUCGACUGAGUCGCCGGACACAGCACUCGCACAGCUCGAGGAAGUGCUCGAGUCGCGUAAGAACAGCGCCGAGACGCUUGGCCGCAACCGCCGCUCCAACCCUCCGUUCCAGGGCCGCAUCGAGUUCCAGAUGGGCGUUCGUGCUCGCAGUCACUCGCGCCCGUCUCCGGGUCUACCGCCGCCAUUCGCACUACCACCAACACCCACCCUCGAUGGUCCGCUGCAAAAUCCCAACGACCAUCGGAAACAGCCUUCUGCUAUCAGCUUCGCCUCCAUGUCCAGCUUGGGUGCGCCGCUCGCACACAUCGAUCGCGGACACAUCAAUUACUUCGAGCAGGCGUUCGCAGCCGGAGGCCCUCCCCCUCCACUGCCACCUCUCCCCCCCAUCUCGAGUCGGGUAAACGCAAGCCACCACCGUCGCAUGUCGUCCGAGGUAUCGAUCGACUCCGUCCUCUCAGCUGAGACGUCCAUGGUCACUGGCCGUGCAUCUCGCUGCCACCAUCGGGAGUCAUCCACCUGCAGCUUUGUAGGGCGCUCCGACUGGGCUUCUCAGCGUCGCGCCUCCCGCGACAGCGAGUCCCUGGCUCGUCUGAGCUCCAUCGCUCGCCUCGGUCGUCCUGGCAUCGGCGAGCGCAUGUUCGAGGGACUUGACAGAUCCCAGAGCAAGGACUCGGAACAUGGCAUUUCCUUUGUCGGAAGCCCGACCUUCGGCACACGCCCGUACUCCUUCGCAUCGUCCACGGAUGAAACCGCGGAGCCGGUCACUGAGGAGGGAGUGUCAUUCUUCGGCACCAACCACAGGCGCAAGCCCUCGUUCGCGAUCCAGAGCCGACCCCUGUCUCUCGCCAGUCUCGACGAGUCGCGCGUCAACGAUACCUUUGACUUCGUUGAUGGGCCUUCCAAACGUGGCGCAGUCGAGAUUGACGUCGUCGACGCAUACACCCAACCUAGUCCUGCCCCGGAGACCAGCACACCUCACUCGCGCGAGGUCGGUGUGCCUCGGGCGCGUCACCGUCCUCCUGCGCUUUACCUCUGCGAUGGCGAGGAGGACACGCCUAGCCUAAUUUCACCGUCUGACCUCACCGAAGUCUCCUCGAUAUUCUCACUCGACACGGCGCGUGCCUCCAACCCCCCGCUUGGGUAUCCCUCGCACCGGAGCGGCAAAGGCUCGGUCACAAGCAUAGUGCAAGUACACCCGACUAUUCGUGAGGAGGCGUCGCGCAAAGACUUCCGCGAGUCGCGCGCGUCCGACGACUCUCGUGCUGCCUGGGAACUCGUGCAAGAGCUCAACGCCCGCCACUGGAAUGAUCUCGGUGAUGUGGCGUCGUCGCUGCUCACGCGAUCUCCCGGUUCCGACCUCUAUACACACGCCGAUGCUCCGCCAGUGCCGCACACCCGCGCAGAGAUCGAGGCCAUUCUCGCUGACUCUCAGGCGUCGUACAAACCUCUGGACAACGCAUCCAAAGGCGAGCAGCCUGCCGGCCUGCACCGCCGCAAGACGUCACUUAGCGAUUCACGUGCUGCCGUCGCCCCAUACAUCCUCCAACCUGCCCCGCUCGAGACGCGAUUUCGGAGCAAGCGCUCCUCCGGGGAGCGCGUGUCGCCUCUGCUCGCCGAGUUUGCGCGAGAUGUCUCUCCCCUGCCUCGGUCACGCGAUGCCCCGCUACCCAAUUCUGAGGCUAAGACUACCAGUACCGUCGCAACUGCCCCAGCGCCGCCUGAGGUUCGCCCGCGAGUGCCGUCCGCGGUCCGCCGCGACAACCUAGGCUGGGCGCGCCGCCGUAAUUCUGAUGAGCCGGCGGGAAGUGCGCCUCAUAUGCCACGCAAGGCGCCCGUGUCGGUAACGAUGGGGUCUUAUCCAACGUUCUUGGCCUUCUCGCCAGCGCCUAGGCCUGAGCACACGCAGCCCGAAGCCAAGACGGCGUCAUCGCGCCCCACCCACCCACGCCCGCUCCUGACGGCCAACGUCGCGCCCAAGCGGGCGCAGAAGCGUAUCCACGUCAAGACGGACAGCAAUGGCUCGCCGAUGUCGCUGCACAGUACCUCGUCGCGUACUUGCCUUACGGUGCGUGCCGACAGCGCGCCGCUCGCGGCCCGUUCAAGUAACAUCCCGCAGCCGCGGCGGGUCUUCAAGACCAAAUCGUCGCCCGAGAUAAGGCGAAAGGGGAACAAGGAGAACGUGCGUGCGCCGGCGCCGGCGUUCGUCUUGGCUCCCCCUCCGCUGCGUGUCUAGUUAGAUCUGGCCUGGGUGCUGAGAUGGCUCGCCACGCGAUUCUUCGUGUUCAUAGUGAGCACUUCAUAAUGCGUGUACAUGUC